AUGGCCGCCGGGAAUGACUUGUCGGAAAAGCCACCCAAAAAAGUCCAUGCAAGCCUCGAGAUCGAAGGCGAUGAUGACGACGACGAGAAUUACUGUCCGAUCGAGCAGGUCCGGCUGACGGUGCCGCAGACCGACGACCCGGAGCUCCCGGCCCUCACCUUCCGUACAUGGACCCUGGGCCUGCUCUUCUGCGUGCUCCUGGCCUUCGUGAACCAGUUCUUCGGCUACCGCAAGAGCCAGCUCAGCAUAUCGUCGGUGACGGCGCAGAUCGUCACCCUCCCGAUGGGGAAGUUCAUGGCGAACGUGCUCCCCACGCGCCGGUUCCGAGUUCCUGGGACUAGCUGGUCCUUCUCCAUGAACCCGGGGCCCUUCAAUCUCAAAGAGCACGUGCUGAUCACCAUCUUCGCCAACUGUGGCUCCGCCGGCGUCUACGCCGUCGGAAUUGUCACCAUCGUCAAGGCCCUGUAUCGCCGCCCGCUGCACCCUCUCGCCGGAUUUCUCUUGGCCCAAACCACUCAGAUGCUUGGCUAUGGUUGGGCUGGAGUGUUCAGGAGACUUCUGGUGGAUUCACCGUUCAUGUGGUGGCCGGAUUCCAUGGUACAAGUGUCUUUAUUCAGGGCUCUGCACGAAAAGGACGAGAGGCCGAAGGGGGGUUUAUCCAGGGUGCAAUUCUUCCUUGUAGUUUUGAUCUCCAGCUUCGCCUACUACAUCAUCCCAGGCUACUUGUUCCCCUCCAUAGCCGCAAUUUCGACCUUGUGCCUAAUCUGGAAGGACUCCGUACUGAUACAUCAAAUCGGGUCGGGUCUGCACGGGUUGGGGAUCGGGUCGUUCUCCCUGGACUGGUCCGCCGUGGUGAGCUUCCUGGGGAACCCGAUUGCGUCGCCGGGGUUCGCCAUUAUUAACACUCUGGUAGGGUUCUUCAUUGUGAUGUAUGUGAUGCUGCCGAUCACUUACUUCAACAACAUCUACGAGGCGAGGAAGUUCCCGAUCUUCUCGUCCCACACGUUCGACCGCGACGGGCAGCGGUACAACAUCUCGCGCGUGCUCAACCCGCAGACCUUCAGCAUCGACAUGGAUGCUUAUUUGGGGUACAGCAAGCUUUACCUCAGUGUGUUCUUCGCCUUCACUUAUGGCCUCGGAUUCGCCUCGCUUGCGGCCACCAUCACCCACGUCGUACUUUAUCACGGAAAGACGAUAUGGUCGCUGUGGUCCAAGGCCCAGAGCACCCUGGACAGGAAAGUGGACGUGCACACGAGAAUCAUGAGGAAGAACUACAAGGCGGUCCCGGAGUGGUGGUUCCACGCCAUACUUGUCCUCACCUUCGCCCUCUCCUUGUUCGCCUGCCAAGGCUUCGGCAAGCAGCUCCAGCUCCCAUGGUGGGGCCUCGUCAUGGCCUGCCUCAUGGCCUUGUUCUUCACCCUCCCUGUCGGCAUCAUUCAAGCCACAACAAACAUCCAAAUAGGGCUGAACAUCAUCACAGAAAUGGUGAUAGGCUACAUCCUCCCAGGGAAGCCUCUAGCCAACGUGGCCUUCAAGACCUACGGAUACAUAAGCAUGUCCCAGGCCCUGGCUUUCCUCGGCGACUUCAAGCUGGGCCAUUACAUGAAGAUCCCUCCAAGGUCCAUGUUCGCAGCUCAGCUGGUGGGGACAGUGGUGGCGUCCUCGGUCUACUUCGGGACCUCCUGGUGGCUGCUGACCAGCAUCCCCAACAUCUGUGACCAGGACAAGCUCUCCAAGGGCAGCCCCUGGACCUGCCCGGGGGACAACGUCUUCUACAACGCGUCCAUCAUCUGGGGGGUCAUCGGCCCCCUCCGCAUGUUCGCCAGCCUGGGUGUCUACGGCAAGCUCAACUGGUGGUUCCUGGUGGGGGCGGUGGCCCCCUUCCCGACGUACCUCCUGAGCAAGAAGUACCCGGAGAAGAAGUGGAUACGGCUGGUGAACAUGCCGCUGAUCCUUGGGGGCACCAUGAACAUGCCGCCGGCGCAGUCGCUCAACUUCAUCAUGUGGGGGGCCGUGGGGCUGUUCUUCAACAUGUACGUCUUCCGCGUCUACAAGAAGUGGUGGGCGCGUCACGCUUACGUCAUGGCUGCGGCCCUCAACGCCGGGAUCGCCUUCAUGGGGGUGCUGCUGUUCUUCACGCUCCAGUCGUACGACAUCGAGGGGCCCGACUGGUGGGGGCUCGACACCGACGACCACUGCCCGCUCGCCUCCUGCCCCACCCACCCCGGCGUUCAGGCUGACGGCUGCCCGACUGUUGCCAGUUGACUAUACUGUUUCAUUAGUAAGUAAGUACGUUUGGCACAAGAUCCUCACUAUCAUGAUCGUGUUGUGUCAUGAUGAUGAGGAUCUCUGCCCGUACGUAAUUGAUUAUUUUAUUUCUGUAAUUUGUGCUUUAAAUUUGUGGAUAGUCAAUUAAUCACAUGCCAUCUUCUUCUUCUUCUUCUUCUUAAAUAUGUAAUCUUGUUAAUGUGUUUUGUUUUGAUUUUAUUUAAAGUUUGAGUGGAUUGAUUUAUGGGACCUUAAUUCGAUCUUCUUGAUUU